CCAAUAUAUAAAACGUUGACACUGAAGAAUAUUUAAUUCAUACAGUAGUGUAUUUCGAAAUAUUAAGUCCGAGAGAAUCAGAAAGUCUGAAAUCGUACCUGGCUUGCGCUAUUCAUUGACGAAGUCAUUGGUUGCAUAAAACAGACGAAAGUAGUCGAUUGGAGUAUAUUAUCGGGAAACACGUAUCAGAUUGAAGACAUCCUGUUUAAACUAUAUAUAAGUUGUCGUUGAUCCUUGAUCAACGUCACACUGAAACGUUUAUUAACGAACGAAGGUCAGGAAUAUACUAUUUUAUAUAAUUAUAUGAAAAUAUGAAUACCAUAGUGUCGCUCGCUUUCUUGUUUGUCCUGUCAGUUUAUGGAGCCCAAGGACUCAGUUGCUAUUGCCGCAUGGCACGGUGUGAGGAUACAGAGUCGUUGAAACGACGAUGCAAAGGCGGUCUGGUAGACGAUGUUUGCCUGUGUUGCAAAACAUGUGCCAAAGUUGAAGGCGAAACGUGCGGCGGUUUGUGGGGACUUGAUGGAACGUGUGACCAAGGUCUGUUCUGUAAAGGUAGUGAUCGUCUAUACAUGAUGACGCGGGGUAUCUGCGCACAACAAACUCCAAGUAUCAAAGUAACAACAGAGGUAAAUGUGGAACGGCGUCCAUGCUACCCUGCGUGCAGCCUCAAGUAUCUACUUGAGUAGAUAUUUAAUUUUAUCUACUCAAGUAGAUAUUUAAAAAAUUCGGGUUGAGGCUGCACGCAGGCUACGUCCAUGCUUCACAAAUUUUUAAUUAAUGCGUGUAAAUCGGAUACAAAUUUCCUCUUGAUUAACAUUUUAUUUAACCUUUUUGUUUGAUUUUCUUAUUAAUGAUUCGAUUGCAUUUCGUUCGGCGAUUCCGAUUUUAAAAUAGUCUAUAAAGGCGCCCGAUCGCGUCCAAUCUGUAUGGGAUUUACAAUCACUGGAUCAAUUGAAGUAUACGACCCCCAUAUAGAUGAGUUCUCUAAAUAGCUGCCUCGUUCUUUGAUAAACCCUAUUUUAUUUACUAAAGACACUUUUAAAUAUUCAUGAAGGCAGUUCUUUGGAGAAGUAACUUAAUUAUGGGGGGUUGCAUACUUCAACUGAUCCCAAUCACUUGCCUUGGGCUAGUGUAAAUGAAUUCAGAUCGAGCGCUAAUGCUUUAUCUACCACUUAAAAAUAUAUAGCAAUAAUUCGAAAGCAAAACAUUUUUGAUGAUUAUUAUUGUUGAUCUAUAAAGUAUAAUAGACAAUUCCCAUUAAAGACUAAUUUUAAAACUAUGCAAGGAGACGGAAACAAAUCACCACAGCUAGAAAGAGCAUACUAAAAUGAAUAUAACCUUGCAAAGUUCGCAAAUUUUGUAUACUUUAAUUUGUAUUGCGUGCGGAAAUUGCUACGCAACCACAUUUGAGCCGAAAAGCAAUUUCCGCACGCAAAACAAAAGUAUACAAAAUUUGCAAACUUUGCAAGGCUAUAUUUUCCGCAUUUCAAAACCAAACUUUGCAAUUUUACUCAUUUUAGUAUGCUCUUUCUGGCUGUGGUGAUUUAUUUGCAUCUCCUUGCCUAGUUUUAAAAUUAGUCUAUAAUGGGAAUUGUCUAUAUCUCUUAAUUUAACAGUAAAACUUUAGUGUCCAUUUUCUCGGCUUCUCACUAAACAUGAAGCUAAAAUAAACAUGCUUUGUGUGACUCGGCUUUAGAAAAUCUAUCAAACCUUUUAUUGAGUUUCUUUGUUAUAAUAAACCAAUCACAAACUUGUUUCUUUGCCGUGGGCGUGGUGACUCCGGCUUCUACAAGGUUGGUUUUGAAAAUGACACAUUUAUUGCUAUAUAGUUUCCAACAUCAUGGCAGAAUAUAUUGAAAACAACUGAAACUUCAUAUUCUGGGGAUGAAAGUGGAGACAAUUCAGAAAGCAGUGGUGAAGAGACAGAGAAACCCACUCAAGAAACAAUUGAGUUACCGAUAGUUGAUCCUAUUGAGGUAAUUCUUCAUUUUCUGUAUUCUUUUACUAUUUAGUUCAAACGUCAAACAUUUUAUUUGCCCGGGAACCGAAUGCCCGAACUAGAGGCUUGCAACUAUAUAGGGGAGCACUUAUCCCCCCCCACCCAAGUCAAAGUCCCUCUUCUCUAAUACGCAAGCAAAACAAUGAAGAAAAACGGAAUUUAGAAGUGAAGUUUGAUAUUCUAGUAACUGAAAUUUGCUUUGUGAAUCUUAUGUCAUGUCUUUUAUCUUGUCUAUUUAAAAAUGGCUAUUUAAAAAUGCAAACAUUGUGUUGUAAAUACCUUAGAUUUUAAGAAUAUCCCAGUGGAUAGCACAACCCAGACCCUAGAUAGAUUUGAGUUGUUGGAAGGCUAUGCUAAACAAGUUAGUGACCGAGUUGUGGUAUUUACAUGAACACACCAUGCAACUACUUAACUGAAGAUUCGUUCUACCUACAGUACAGUGUAAAGGCCCUGUCAUACUAUUGCGUAUCGUAUAGCGCGAAAUACAGUACUCAUACGCUGGCAUUUCAAAGGAUUUUUGUGCGUAUGAAAAUUAUUUUAUUAAUUUUCAUACGCUUCUAAUACUUUCUCUCAUACGCAAUAGUGUGACAGGGCCUUAACGUUGUCAAAAAAUCUGUUUCAGAAAAUGCACAAAAUGCAGUCCUAGGGGUGGAAAAUACAGACCCCCAGUACCAUUACAUACGACACCAAACCAAAGUUUUUGUCACCAACAACCAUAAAAAAUUGUACAUUUAUUACUAUAUAUGUAGUUCCCAACGUCAUGGCAAAAUAUAUUGAAAACGACUGAAAUUUCAUAUUCUGGGGAUGAAAGUGGAGACGAUCCAGAAAGCAGUGGUGAAGAGACAGAGAAACCCACUAGCAAAUGGAGCUGGUUUGCAUCGCCUGAACGUGAACAAACUCAAGAGACAACUGAGUUGCCGACAGUCGAUCCUACUGAGGAAGAGGUCAUACUUCAUUUUCUGUAUUCUUUUACUAUUUAGUUCAAACGUCAAACAUUUCAUUUGCAGGGCGAACCGAACCAGAGCCUUUUAACUAUAUAACUGGGGGGCCAAAGCUCCCCCCCCCCAAAGCCCAAUGGUGCCCCAGCCCUUUCAGAAAACGCACAAAAUGCGGUCCUAACAUAAAACACCACACCAAACUUUUUGUUACCAAAAACUAUCAGUAAUCUCUCCACACUCAGUAUAGAAUGGUCCCUUUUUGUAGAUGCCAUGCACAGACAAAUUCUUUAAAAAGGCCCUUGGCCAAACCCAAUUCAAAUCAGUUCGAACAAGAGUUUACAUCAUUUUACAUUAACAUUAGAUUUAUGUUAUGAUUGUAUCAUGAAUUGCUACCUUUCAUUGUAAUAUGAGCAACAAACAGCAUUGCUGCAACUUGCAAAAAAAACUGAUUUCAAUGCAUGUUAAUAAAAAAUGCUCGCACAUAAGUAAGGGACUGGUCAUAAAGUAACUGCUAGGGUGGGCUAGCUGGAGGUAAAUCACAAAUUUUGCCAAUAAGUUUGGUGACCCAUCUUAGGAUGUAGAUAAAAAUUUCAAAGCCCAUCUAAUCUUACAAAAAAAUUUUCAUGACCCACCCAAUCUAAAUUGGGAAAAUACACUUUUAUAAUAAAAAAAAAACUUGCAGGUAUGAACAUUGUAAAUAUACACCGGCACUGUAUUGACACACAUAAUUCCACCAAGCUUGACCAACACAUUCAUCACCAAUUACGAUAAUGAGCUGCUCUCCAGUUGGUUGUAUUUGCUAUGAUUCAACCACUUCUUCUUGUUGUAUAAACAAAGUACUGGCUUCAAUAGUAUCAUUUGCAUUUGAUAAUUUGGAUAGUUUUGUUUACUUUUAUUAUUAAUAUCUUUAUUUUUUGAAGUAGACACUGCAUGCAUGGGUUUUUGUUUGGUGGCCCAACCGUGGACAUACAAAAAAAUUGGCGGCCCAUCAAAACUGCGCAAAGAUUUUCCAUGGCCCAUCCCAAAUCACUCCAGCCCAAAUCACUCCAGCCCACCCUAGCAGUUACUUUAUGACCGGUCCCUAACCAAAUAUCAAAAUAUGAGACCACAUAUAGUUUGUAAAUAAUUCUUCUUAACAUGCAUUGAUAUCAGUUUUUGUGGCAAGUUGUAGCAACUUUGUUGUUCAUAUCACUUCACCUUUAGUUUGAUCCUUCAAACAAAGAAGACGACUCACAAUUCUACUUGAUAGUGAAAAAGAUGAAAUAAUUAACGACAAAUGCAUGCCCAAUCACGAAUGAAAUUAUUUUGCUUCAAUUUUAUAGGUCAUAGUGUUUUUCUAAGACGUAAAGAAUCCACAAUUAAAAGAUGAUGGAAUGUGCAAAUGCUUCAAAAAAGGAAUCAAUGCAAUUAGCCUUUCUCACGCCGCCAUUUUUGGGUGGCAUUUCAGCCGAAGUCUGCGAGAUAAGCCCACGUAACAGUGACUUUUUAUAAUUUUUUGGACGAAUGAUGGUAAAUUUGCUUUGGAAAUGGUUAGUUUAUUUUGAAAAAUUGCUUUUCACAUUGUUUUAAUUGUCUGUAUUGGUUAACGAGAAUUGGAUGCCACCCAAAAAUGGCGGAUGUUCGUCAUCAUGAGAAAGGCUAAUUGAAUCACUGCAAUUUUAUAAUGACUUACAUUCAUAUGUACAAGAUGAACAUUUGUACAUAUGGCAGGACCACACAUGACAAUAUAAUAAUAGUAAAUGCUAUGUAUAU